CAAAUCAUUCUUUCUUCUCAGAUUAUUUUCAAUAUCUUUUUCAUCAUUGUACCUUGUUGUCUAAGUGAUGAAUAAAGAAAAAAACCCAUCCUUUAUUUUAUUAUAAAAUAUACUAGUAACAUUCUCUUUCUUCCAAGUCAAGAAUUUUUCUGUCAGAAUAUAAUAAAAUUCCCUACUAUAUCUUUCACCAUUUUUUUCAAACAGAUCAAACCCCACAGUCCAAAAUGAAGUUUCUAACUUGGGUUUUCAACAUUUUUUUUAUUUUAACAUUUUUUCACUUAUUUUCAAGAUCAUUUUCACUAGCUCAAGAACCACAAGCAGCACCAGAACCAAUUUGUGCCAAGGCUGAUAGGCUUGCUCUUCUUGGAUUCAAAGCCAAGAUAUUGAAGGACACUACUAAUAUGCUGUCCUCAUGGACAGGUUUAGAUUGCUGUGGUGGAGGCUGGGAAGGUAUAGAGUGUGAUCCUGCUACAGGGAGGGUGAUUAGGUUGAUUUUGCAGAAACCUUCUGAGAGGGACAACAACCUUUACAUGAAGGGAACUUUAUCACCAACUCUUGGUGAUUUGCUUUUCAUGGAAACAAUGAUAAUAAGUGGGAUGAAAUACAUUGCUGGAACUAUACCAAUUAGCUUCUCAAAUCUCACAAGAUUAAAGCAACUAAUCUUGGAUGACAAUUCUCUACAAGGGUAUAUCCCUUCUGGUUUAGGCCACUUGUCAUCCCUUCAAACACUUUCACUUGGUGGGAAUCAUUUGUCUGGACAAAUUCCUUCUAUUAUAGGAAAUUUCAAGAAUCUGCAACAGCUGAGUUUAUCAGGGAAUUUGCUAAAAGGGCCUAUCCCAAUUGCCUUAAAAAAUCUUGGCAAUUUGCAGUCUUUGGAUCUUAGCCACAAUUUACUAUCUGGGCUGGUUCCAGAUUUUCUAGGACAGCUUCAGAAUUUGACAUACAUUGACCUUUCCAGUAACCAAUUGUCAGGGCAGAUACCAAUUUCCUUGUGCAAUUUGCUCAAGCUUUCGUUUUUAUCGCUUGAUCAUAAUCUGAUGACAGGGAGAAUUCCGAGUCAAAUUGGGAAGUUAAAGGCACUCACUUCUUUAUCAUUGAGUUUUAACAAGUUGACAGGCCAAAUCCCUGAGUCUAUUGCAGGACUACCAAAUCUUUGGAACCUUAGUUUAUCUAGAAAUGCUCUUUUAGAUCCUUUGCCUAUUGCUUUCUCUAAAGGUCUCUCUUCUCUUUUAUCAAUAGACCUUUCUUACAACAAUUUCAAUCUUGGAACAGUGCCUGAAUGGAUUAGAAAUAGAGAACUUUCUGAUGUCAACUUAGCAAGCUGUAAGCUUCGUGGGACGCUUCCGAAUUUCACAAGGCCCGAUUCUCUUAACUCCAUAGACCUAUCGGAUAACUUCUUCACGGAUGGGAUAUCGAAUUUCUUUGCAAGAAUGUCAAGCUUGCAAAGGGCGAAGAUAUCAAACAACCGGUUAAAAUCUGAUAUUGCUGGGAUCAAAUUGCCUGAUGGGAUUUCAUCUCUUGACCUCCACUCGAACCAGCUUUUCGGGUCUCUCUCGAGGGUGUUAAGCAACCACACAAGCAAAUUCUUGGAGGUUAUCGAUGUCUCAAGCAACCAACUAUCCGGAAACAUCCCCGAGUUUGUCAGUGGGUUAAACCUGAAAGUGCUCAACCUUGGAAGCAACAAGAUUACAGGUCAAAUCCCGACUUCAAUCUCGAAUCUUGAUAAGCUUGAGAGGUUUGAUAUAUCAAGAAACCAAAUUACUGGUACAAUCCCAAUAGGUCUAGGAUCAUUGGUGAAGUUGCAAUGGCUAGACUUGUCAAUCAACACAAUUUCAGGGAAAAUUCCAGAUAGUUUGCUGGGGAUUAAAGCAUUGAGACAUGCAAAUUUCAGGGCAAACAGAUUAUGUGGAGAAAUCCCACAAGGCAGACCAUACAAUAUAUUCAGUGAAGCUGCUUAUGCCCACAAUUUGUGCUUGUGUGGCAAGCCUUUGCCACCUUGUAAGGGAAAGAAACAAGAUAAGUUGGGCCAGUAACUGCUGACUCACUCCAUUCAUAGGAAUUUAUGCUUUGUUAACAAUAAAACAGUUUUUUUUUUUUUUGAAUUCUAGUACUACUUGUACACCUCUAUCAGCUCACAUUGUUAGUCAGUGUUACUUGACAUAUAUUCAAUAUGAAAUGAAUAAAUUCAUUCACAAUUUCGCA